AUGCCACCAAAAAAUGCUCCAAAUAAAAAAGUGGAACAGAAAAAGAAGGAAAAAUUAAUUGAAGAUAAAACAUUUGGACUGAAAAAUAAGAAAGGAGCAAAGACACAGAAAUAUGUACAACAAGUGACAAAUCAGAUUAAACAAUGUAAUAUGAACAAUGCAGAAAAGGGUGCAGCAAAGAAGAAAGCAGCUGAUGGUGAACUACGAGAUUUGAAUAAACUUUUGAAGCCGGUAACUGAAAUGCCUAAGGUAGCGCGAGAUGUUGAUCCUAAAUCAGUGGUUUGUUUGUUUUACAAACAAGGAAUGUGCCACAAAGGUGAAAAGUGCAAAUUUAGUCAUGAUUUAUCAAAAGAACAGAAAACAGCUAAGAAGAAUCUUUAUGUUGAUAGCCGAGAUUUAUCAAAAGAAGACGAUAAUAUAGAUGAUUGGGAUGAGUCUAAAUUAAGCGAAGUUGCUGAGAAGAAACAUGGAGAACGUGAUAGGAAAAGGCCGAAUCAAACAGAUAUUGUAUGUAAAUAUUUUCUGGAAGCUGUUGAGAAUAACAAAUAUGGUUGGUUUUGGGAAUGUCCAAAUGGCGAUGGUUGUAUUUAUAGGCAUGCUUUGCCAUCAGGUUAUAUUCUGAAAAAAGACAGGAAGAAGUUGGAAGAGCAUAAACAAUUAAAUGAAAUCAGCCUGGAAGAACUCCUCGAGAAAGAGCGUACACAACUUAAGCCAGAAAAUCUUACAAAAGUAACGCUGGAUACAUUUAUUCGUUGGAAGAAGAUGAAGUUGCGAGAGCGAAAGAAAAAAAUUGCAGAAGAAGAGAAAGAGAAAAAGAAAAACAUUAGGAUUGGUAAAUCGGUUGGAAUGAGUGGCCGUGAUUUGUUCACGUACAAUCCAGAAUUAAUGGUGCAAGAUGAAGGAGAUAUGGAAGGAGGUAUUGCAUUUGAGCGAGAAUUUGAAGAGGAAUAUAAUGAUGAGGCAGAGAUAAAAGCAUUUGAAAUCAAUGAGCGCACUUUUUACUGCAUCGAUGACGAAGGACAUAUGUUGGAUGACAACCUAUAUGACGACGAAAAGUGGGAAGAAACUGCUGUUGGUAUUGGAAAUAUGGAAAUCAAUGAAGAUUUAUUCAACGUAGACGAAAUACCCGAUCUGGAAUAUUAUGAGAAUGAUUUGUAUCAGAUAAGAUAA